UCUCCCAUCUCUUAAGCGGGAUUCAUCAGGGAAGGAACGCCGUGCCCUGGCUGGCAUGGCUGGCUCUCUGCUCAAAACCACAGGCUCCGUCUGACACGCCCCUUUGGCAGUCAGGACAGGAAAAGCAGGGGGAGUGGAGGGGGAAGCGGGGUGAGCUUUAAAUACCAGCCAGAUGGAGCUGGGAACUGCAGCCUGAGCUGGCAGGAGACGCCGAGAGCACCACAAAGAACAGCAAGGACACACCUGGGACCCUUUCUUCUCUCCUCCUCUUCUCUGACAAGAAAAUGGAAUCAACUAAGAUGUAUGGACUCCUAGCAGCCAGCUUCCUCCUUCUCCUCACUCUGCUGGGGGAUCCCACUGCAGCCUGCUCCUGUGCUCCCAGACAUCCUCAGACUGCCUUCUGCAAUGCUGACAUCGUGAUCAAGGGGAAAUUUGUGGGUGUCUCCAAGCAGCCCCUGAACAUCUCCAUCGGAGAGCCUAUGUGGUUGGUGCGCUAUGAGUUCAAAACCACAAAGGUGUACAAGGGUCCCAAAGAGAUGCAAGAUGUUUACUUCCUUAACACCCCUGCCAUGGAAAGUGUCUGUGGAUAUGAACACAAGGCCCCUAUGAAAGGAGAAGACCAUGUCGUUGCAGGCAUGCUGGAAGAUAACAGCGUGAUGAUUACAUCUUGCUCCUUUAUCCAGCCAUGGUCUCAGCUGUCUCUUGCACAGAGGCAAGGCCUGAGCCAGACAUACAGCAAGGGCUGCAACUGCACGAUACUGCCCUGCACCUCCUUGCCCUGCGCACUCACCUCCAGCUUUCAGUGCCUGUGGACAGAAGGGAUAACGUCUGGGGUAUGGGAUGGCUCCCAGGCCAAACGCAUGGCUUGCUUGCCUCGUAGUAAGUUAUGCACCUGGGCAUCACUCAGCCCCCAAGGGCGCACUGCCCCGAGGCAGUAACGUCUCCAAGGACUCUGAUGGGGCUGGGGUCCUCCCAAUUUAUAUGGCUCGCCUACCCUGCUCUCUGGGUCACUAUUUUUAAAUAAAACAACUUCCAGACCACUUA